AUGCCCCAGGUGCCAAAGGGGCUCUCACGCUCUCCCCCAGACCCUGCAGGUUGUGGGGCAGGUAGGAGCCGGGAAGGGGCGCACAGGGCCCUCCUACCUCCCGCGGCUCUCCAGCAGGUCACAGCCCGAAGCCUGUCUCGCAUUCACAAGCAAGAUGCACUAAAGAGAGCCCACACUUGGCGCUGCGGAGAGAAAGCAGCGAAUCAAAGGGCGAGACCGCGCCCAGGGAGGCUGAGGAGCAGGCCCGCGGCCUCCCGCAAGCUCAGGGCCCGGGUUUCCCACGGCCGCUUCCAGACCUCGGCAACACGCUCGCCAGCCUGCCUCCCGGGCCGCGGGGCCCUCAGCAAACCCCCACUGCACCUUCCCGUAUUCGCGCGAGCUACGCCCACGCGGCCCCCGGAAGCAGGGACCCGUGACAUUAAAGCUCUAUCCCCCAAAACGCAAACAGGCCACCGAGGCAGGCCGGCCCCUCGGAGCGGCCCCACGCUGGAGCCCGGCAGCAGUGCGCACCGCCGGCCCCAUCCCGCGGCCGGGGGCCGGCGUCCCCGUGAGCGCCCGGGACCGCAGAUGACCGAGCAACGCGCGCAGCUGAGACCAACGCCCGCGCCGGCGGGAGGGACCCGCCCUGGGCAAGGGCCUGUGCUCGAGGGUGUGGGUGAACCCCUAACUCCUAUGUUCAUGUACUACGUGGUCCAAGACACAGGUGGAGGGAAGGUUCAACCCUGGCUGGAGGAGAAGCGCCACCUCCCCAGGAGCCCCACUGCUCCGGUGCAGUGGCCCAUCCCCGUGCCCGCCCCCAUGGCUGUCAGGUGGAAACUGUGCUUUGCCAAGCAGGCUGUCCAGGGAGAGGUGGACCGCCACCGUGGGAGCCUGCGAUGUGUGAUGCAUGGCCUGAGCGGCCAGCCCGGUUCCCGCCCCUCCGGCCUCCGCUCGUCGGCCUCCAGCGCCGCCGCGGCCCGCAACCCGGCACGCGGACCCGACAGGCCGCAGCUACCCUCUGGCGCCAUGUCGCAGAGCGGAGCCCCCGGGCUGCAGGAGGAGAACCUGCAGGGCUCGUGGGUGGAGCUGCACUUCAGCAAUAGCGGGAAUGGAAGUGGUAUCCCAGCCUCGGUUUCCAUUUAUAAUGGUGAUCUGGAGAAAAUACUGCUGGAUGCCCAGCAUGAGUCUGGACGGAGUAGCUCCAAGAGCUCCCACUGUGACAGUCCGCCUCGCUCACAGACACCACAGGAUACGAAUAGAGCUGAGACAGAUGCCCACAGCAUUGGAGAAAAGAACAGCUCGCAGUCCGAGGAAGAUUAUAUGGAGAGAAGAAAGGAAGUUGAAAGCAUCUUGAAGAAAAACUCUGACUGGAUCUGGGAUUGGUCAAGUCGGCCUGAAAAUAUCCCUCCCAAGGAGUUCCUCUUCAAGCACCCAAAGCGCACGGCCACCCUCAGCAUGCAGAACACAAGUGUGAUGAAGAAGGGGGGCAUCUUCUCAGCAGAGUUCCUGAAGGUGUUCCUCCCGUCUCUGCUGCUCUCUCACCUGCUGGCCAUCGGCCUGGGAAUCUAUAUUGGAAGGCGCUUGACAACCUCAACCAGCACCUUUUGA